AUUGACUAAACAAUAUAAAGAGAAUGUGUGAACAUCAGGGAUAUGAGGGUUCAGUGUAACCCCUGGAGAGAUGGCAAGGUUCCCUAAUAUGUGAUCCUUCAACACUUGUUUCAAUAUGAUUCUACGUAGAUGAGCACCCAAAAGAGCCCUGACAUGACGCCUGAGGCAGGGGCAGGAAUGCACCUUCGCAAAAUGAGUAAAUCUCGAAUCUUCCAGAUGUGUGGCAUCAUGCUCUCUAUUUUUAUGAUUUUACUGAUAAUAUUUUAUUGGGAUGAUGUAGGAACAGCUCAUUUCUACCUGCACACCGCCUUCACAAAAAUCCAAUCCACGCAUCUUCCUACAAGCGUGUCUGUAGCACACGAACAUGCAAAGGGAACUGAAAAGAAAAUGCUCAGUUCGGAAACGGCUACUUCCUUUAUUAAUCUUGAACUGACACAUGGAGAAACGGGACAUCAAGGGGAAGGGGCCUCUGUUGUUGAGGGGGAAAAUGUGGACAGCAAACCUGUAGCUAAUUCUAAAGAGCAUCUGCAGGACGUUGACUGGGGAACCAAUACUGAGGAACCUAACAUUAAAUUAGAACAGUUAAAGAGGAAACAAACCAUCCGUGAUCUUUGUGCAGACUCCAGCUUCACGUUCUCAGGGAAAAAUCGAGCUUUUGAGGAUAUUCCAAAUAAAGAAUUGGACCACCUGAUUGUGGAUGAUCGGCAUGGUAUAAUCUACUGCUACGUUCCCAAAGUGGCUUGCACUAACUGGAAACGAAUCAUGAUCUUGUUGAGUGAAAGUCUUGUGAAUCAAGGCACUCCAUACCAUGAUCCACUGGAGAUCCCCAGGGACCUUGUGCACAACUCCAGCAGUCAUGUCACCUUCAACAAGUUUUGGAAGCGCUAUGGGAAAUUCUCCAAACACCUCAUGAAGGUCAAGCUAAAAAAGUACACCAAGUUUCUCUUUGUGCGUGAUCCUUUUGUAAGACUGAUUUCUGCAUUUCGCAGCAAGUUUGAAAUUCAGAAUGAAGACUUUUACAAGCGCUUUGCUAUUCCGAUGCUUCAAUUGUACGCUAAUUGCUCUCAGCCUCCACCUUCUGUUAGUAAAGCUUUCUCUGCAGGAAUCAAACCUACCUUUUCUAAUUUCAUUCAAUAUUUGUUGGACUUGCGGACUGAGAUGAUUAUGCCUUUCAAUGAACACUGGCGACAAGUAUAUAGACUCUGUCACCCUUGUCAAAUAAAUUAUGAUUUUAUUGGGAAAUUAGAGAGUUUGGAGCAGGAUGCCAAAUAUUUACUUAGUUUGUUAAAUGUGGAGAAGCUUGUUCAAUUUCCACCUAGUUUCCGAAACCGGACAGUUAGCAGCUGGGAAAGAAACUGGUUUUCAGAAAUUCCAAAAAUUUGGAGGAGGAAACUGUUUGAACUCUAUAAGCCUGACUUUGCUCUGUUUGGGUACCCCAAACCAACAAAUUUAUUACUUGACUGAUCAGAACAAACAAUUUGCUUCAAGCCUUAAGAAAUAUGGGUCUGCAGUGGAUACAUUGUGCACAAGAACUUGAUGGACUCUGUUCACCUUGUCAUUAAAAAGUAGAGAUGGCACAGAAUUAUAAUGUACUGAUUACGUCACAAUGUGUAAAACACUGUUCUCUCCUUCCCCUACAUAGUGAUAGUAAACCACAAUAAUUAGUUGGCCAGCCAGAAGCGUUAUCAGGAUACAACUUUCUAAGUGGAUGUACUGACAUAUAUCUGGAAAUCUGCAUGGUUAUGUCCUUUUUUUGUUCCAUGUUGAAACUGCUGAUAAUUCCAUAUUGUGUUGUGAGAACAAAGCUAUGACAUUUAAUUCCUUUAAUUGAGCGGUGUGCUGUUGUCAGAGUGCCAUACUGGGAGCUGACAAUAUUUGAGUAGCAUGCUGCAAUAUGUGAAAAUGUAGAACAAUUUUACUUGAAGGGGAAAAAAAUUCAAGGGAUUAUUUUUGGUUCAAAGUACUCCUCAAACUGUGUUCUAUUUUUUUUCCUAUGGUAAAAUAUCAUUGACUAUUAAACAUUGACAAAAUACACCUCUUGUUCAACUAGUACCUAAAGAACUGUUAGAGGAUGAAAAGCCUGGCAUCCAUGUCACUCUUCACGUUAAUAAAGGCUACUUUGGUUUCAUCUAGGAACUAAUCUUAAGAAAAUGCCUUAGAAACUGGAGACUUGAUUAUUAUCUGGUAUUGAGUUUAGCAUCUCCAACUUAACUUAUACUCAUUUCAAAGUACUAGACCCCGAGGUGAAGUAGGUGGAAUGGUUGUGGUUCUCCUUACAAUUGACAUCACUAAGGGUGAGGCAGGUUGUGCCGAUUUUCAAUAGUCAAGGAUAUUUCACCAGUGAUGCUAAAAAAAUUAAUGAAUGAUUGCAUUAAUUUCUUGUAUAACUAGAGGAGUAUGUUGAACACAGAGCAUCCCAUAAUAUUUUUCCUUCCUCUUUAAUUUUUAAAAAUUCAAAACGGAUUGUUAAAUAUGGUACUAGGCUAUUUGGAUCCACAUCAGAGAUGAUAAUAGCAGAAAGGCUUGGCUUUGACACUUGUGAAUCGUCAGAUUUUGAUUUUAUAAGUAGCCGAAUACUGCCCAUCUUGUGAUUAUUGAUGCACAAUCUGGUAGAAUCUCUCUGGUGACAAUGCAAGUCAUCUACAAAAAUCUUGUACUCAAAUGAAAAUUUCUCUAAACAUACUGCUAAUCGUGCAAUAUUUUAAUUGUAUAGAUAGCUAUUAUUACCGGAAAAUGGUGGCUUUUGUUUUAUUUAUUUUCUGCUUUAAAUAGUAUCUAUGAAUGGUGGAAGAAAAGUUGUGUGCCUCAUAUCAUCCCACUGGAAUAAUUAUGUUCUUACUGAAUUCAGACAGUGCUGAAUUUCAGUGGGGGUUCAAUUACGAUACUGUACUUAUAGAUUUUAUUUGGAAUUAGGUUUGACUGAGGGCGUUUCAUAGAGUUUACUUUAAGCGGCUAUAGUUAAAGAAGAAAAGACUUGUCAUUUCAUUUAUAUCAUUAAUAAAUUCUUUUUCCUUUAUUCCUCUUCCCCGCCCAUGGCAAAACACUCUGCUAUUAUAGCCAAUCACCCAAGAAAUGGUCACAGCCAUUCCAGUGGAUCGAAAUGGCCUACUGUACAGAGCUCUGCUAAACCCAUAAUAUAUGUAUCUUCCAUGCAUUAUGUACUGUAAUCCAUUAUGUACUGUGUAUUAUACUAAGACAUAAGAGUGUAAACAUUUGUUUUUAAAAAAUACAUUUUUUUUAAAAAAGGAAACUACCCAGUAACGAUCCUCAUUUUUAUGUAUUUACAUCCCUUGUACCAUUUUAGAUCUUUGCUAUCUUCUCUGACCUCCAAUAACCUAUGGCAUGGAAACCUUGGGUCAUAAUUGGAGCAGGCACUUUGGCCUGGCCUGGAGGCUGGAUAGCACCAAAUUAAGAUCAAUGAAGGCAUUCUAGAAAGUAUACAUCAUCCCAUAAACUAGUUUGUUUAAAACAGGGUUAUUUAGUAGACUAUUCAGUGUAAUAACACACCACAGUAUAGGAUGGUCGUAACCAUUUAAGACUUUGAUUCACGACUCAAGAUAUUUCUGCAUUUUCCACUUACAUUCCCCAGUAUAUUGUUUAGAAAUUGUACUUGUAUCAAUUGCAAAAGAGCUGAAUGGGCCCCACUUGCUUCCAAGUCUGUGCUCAACCAACAAAACUAUCUGGGUUAUUCAUCUGGUAGAGAUGUGCAAACAACCAUUAAAAAUAGGAUAUAAAAAAAAUAGGGUGCAGAGGAAAGCUGGUUGGACAGAAAAUUCUUCUUUUCCCUCCACCCUUUCCUUCCGUUUUAUAAUUAUAGUUUUGAUAGUAUCAUUCACAGCUUUAUAACUAUCUUCCACAUCCACACUUCCUUCAGAAGGGAGGGAGCAUUGAGCUUAUGAACAGCUCCACAAAUGUGUUGUGGGUAGUGAUUGUCUGACAGCUUCUUUAGAGGUGAUACCUGAGCAUCAGUCGGGUUAUUUGGUUUAAGAUUUCUCUCCUUGUCCGUCUUCUCCAAAUUAAAAGAUGGCCAGGCAAUUUUCUCCCAGGCCCCUGGCAGUGCCAUUAUUUUGUAAAACAAAUCUGCUUUCCUCUCCCUGCCCCCACGUAAGUGUCAAGUGUGCUUGUGAAACUCGAGAACAAAGCCGAAUAAUUUCUGUGUGCUUGGAUUUUUAAUUCUAAUUCGACUUGCCUUCUCGUAUGAAUCUUCUGACACUUUUGAAUCAUUUUCGCAAGAUUUUUGUCAUCCUUUUUGGAACUAGGUUUGACUGAAAAUAUUUGGAUUUGAAAGCAGCAGAUCCUCUACUUAAGAACUAAAAAAAAAAAAAGUUGUUGACAUUUCUAAAACUUAAACUUCAUGGGAAUGUUUUUAAGACUGCCAACUGUUAAUGUGCGCUGUUUGUCAGAAACCAGGAUGCUGUAAGGGAACUCUGCUUAUUCUGGUCCCAUAUAUUUAUUCAGACCUAAUCCCAUUCCCCAAACUGAGAGCGACAGCUGGGUGAAUGUCUGGAAAAGGAUUAAGCAGCAAUUCAAAUAAGCUUUUGGAACCAAAGGGUGUAGGCUACAUUAAGUUGUGAUCUGGUAGAAGUUUUCUAGGUAUGGUAGUUUAGACUAGGAAUUUAUUAUCUCCUUCAGCUUUUUACUUAAAAUACCAAAACUGCUGGUACAAAUAUUUUGUUGAGAGUUUUGCUUUACUAAAAAAAAAGCUGACAAAAGGUGAAGUUUGCUUUGCUUUAGCAGUUUUAUACAAAUGUUUUUUUUAAAAAACAGAUUUGCUGAUGUUUUUUGUAGCAAAUGAAUUGUGCAAUAAAUCUUCUCAGGCUUAUUGAUA